AAUUUUUAUUAUUAUAUUUGGUUGCAUCUCUAGUAAUAGACACUCACGCCAUCUUUUGAUUGUUCCAUAAUGACAUCUGUUGACUCGUGUCAUUGAUAAUCAUGUCAUUGUCAUGUCAAUUUCACAAAAAGCCGCGAAAUACCCAAGAAAAUUGACAAGUUGUUCGUAAUUUGUAAUUUCGUAUUGUAAUGUAAUCGAAUUUGUUGACCAAAUCGUAAUCGUAAAUAUAUUAAAUAUUACAUUCUUACUUGUCGUGUUAUUUGGUUUGUGAUGAUAGAAUUGCAUCUUAGUUAAAAACAAAUACACUUUUUGUUUAACCUCAUGAAUUUCGGUGGUAUUUACUAUUUGAGUACAUAGUGACAUACGACAAAAAGUAUAGUAUUACUUUGCUGUACAAGUUUUAAAGAGAAAGCAGGUGAGAGAAGUUCGGUAAUUACCAAUAGUAGAUAGAUUUUAUAUUAUUUUAUUAUAUACUCAAAAUUAUAUAGUGAAUAAUGAGUCAACAAACGAGAUUGACUUGUUAUUUCAAAUCAAAAGCCCUGCCGGUCCAAUCAAACAGGUGCGUGAGUUACAAGAUGAAUAAAAAACGUAGUUUGAGUAUGAAGAAGCCAUCAAGUCCAAGUACUUCAUCUACUCAGAUAUGUGAGUCACCACGAACUCCAAUGAAGAAGGAAGUUACAGUGAAGCAAGAGGAGAAUACUAUAACUUUGUCAAGUGACAGUGAGGAGGAAGGAACUCCAGUGAAGAAGCCAUUCAAAGGAAUAUCUGUGAGAAGUAUAGAGUCAUUAACUGCAGGUGCUACACCAGCUUUCAACUUGAAAUCUCCCAACUCCAGUUUUGUGGAUCCUGACGCAUCAGACUCUUCACCAACUGCAUUUGUGUAUAACUUGUCUCCUGGAGCUGUGCUUGGCCCACCACCCACAACUCCUAAAUCUGCAAGUCCAGGAUCAAGUUCAAAAUACUUCUCACCAACUAAAAAAAGGUGUUACAAAACAAAAUCUCCUGCUAAAAGAAAUUUGGCAAAUCAAUUUGGGGAAAAAGCUUUUACUCCUAGCCCUCCAGACAAUUUUCUGUAUCAAACAGACCAAUUGGAUGAUAAAACUUCCUUCCUCAUGACUAUUAUUGAUAAGUAUCUCAACUCUGAUACUCUAAGACCAUUCCUGGCAGAAGAAUCACAAAUACUCCUAGAGAAAUGUACAAUAGUGGCAAACCCUGGGAAGGAUCUGAUUUGCCGCUUGUACUGGCGUAAACCUAUUUGGUACCGUCUGGAUUCUCUUGCGGAAAUUGUUAAUAACAAAAAAGAAGUGAAGAUAAGCAGUCCGGAUAUGUUAAACUUGCUGUCCAGCAUGGAAACUUAUGGCUUUCUCACUGCAGCUGGUACUGAAGGUGACUCGAAACUGGAAUUUGAUGACUAUAUGCAACUUUUGAAGCGACCAGAACUUCUGCAAAUCGCUAAAGAGCUAAAACUGAAGAUUCAGAAUAAGCAGGAUGCUAUUGGUGCUCUGAGGAAUUACUGUAAACUCAAACCUAUUAGUAACUUCUUGAUAAGAAAGGGGAACAGUGUCAAUGAUAACAGCCACAGAGUUUUAGCUAUCCUAAAAUCAAAAACGGGUCGUUGUUACAAAAUGUCACAGUUGGCUCAAGAUACCUUUUACAAGCUGUAUGUGUUAAUGUACUUGGGCAUGGACUACAGCAUCAUAAGAGAUCGGCAACUGGAACUGGUGUUGCUAUACGACAAAAUUAAAAGGGAGAUGUAUCCGGUUGAUAAAGAUAUGGUCGUUGACGAUGCGAGCUGUGUGUUCCAAGAUAAAGAGCAAUUUGACAGGUACAUUGAAGCACAUAUGUUAUACGAGAGCUAUUUGGAGAAACCUUCAGAAGAAAAGCAUUUAAUAAUAAAACAAGCUCAUGCCUUGUACAAGGGACUGGGAGAGGAGCUUAUGCAACGUGGCGCUGCAAAUACAUUACUAGAAGGUCUAAAUUCGGAGAACAUGUUUGAAAAUAUGAAAGACGCACUACGACCUCGCGCGCUGAAGCUCGCCAACCAACAGAAUAUAGACUUGAAGGAAACAUUGAGAAAUGAACUGCAGAAGCAUGGAGAGAAACAGACUGUGAUUGAGAACAGGCUGCCAGGAGACCAUAUACACAAGCAACCCAUUGAUAACCACAAUCAGAGAGGCAAGCUGAAGUUCGAGGUGCACUGUGCAGAGGGUCGAGGCAUUGUCACUGCUGAGGAGUACUGCAUCGCUCACUAUGUUAAUAAUGGAGGGUACUCCAAGGGAGAGCACUUGGAAGGCCGUAUAGUGUCAACAAUCUACACAGCGUUGUUCUGGGACAUCAUAUACUGCAAGCCACGUGGUUUGCCCGGUAUCUUCAUAAAUCAUUACCAGCGCUACCCACUCGAUAUGUUCUCAACGAACUUCUAUAUAAACCGUAAGACUCAGAUAGACGAGAGGCUGACUUUCAUACAAGAGUGUACUGAUCAACAAUUGGUGGAUUUCUUGAAAAACCAAUGGGAUGCACGGCCUGAAACCGUAAUAUCUGACAUGCUGCGUUCUAUUGGUUGGGAGAACAUUUGUGAAGUAGUGCUCUGCCUGCGGCCGCGCGGGGUCGCCGACAUAUGUCGUCGCCUGGUACUCGACUACGGAUACUGCCGCAGUGGCUUCCCCGACCUUACUCUCUGGAAUAUAUCCACUAGAAAGAUAAAGUUCGUCGAAGUGAAGACUGAUGCAGACAAGCCGUCGGUGAAGCAGUUGCAAUGGCUCCAGUAUCUGAUAGACCAUGGGAUUGAUGCCGGGUUCUGUUACGUAGGAGUCAACACUACUCGCUCUAGAGCCAGACCUUCCGCGUCGAACCUAGAUUAGUACCAGGCACUGAGUAAUGUGUAAUAGUAAGUGGUUUUUAAAAAUAGGCUACGGCUUUUUGAGACUGGUUGUAAAUUGAAAAUAGGGAUGAAGAUGUAGUCAAAAGUUAAAUAACUUUAAAAAAUGUCUUAAGAAUAAUCACGCUUGCGUUAAUUGAUUGUAAAUUUAUUUCUCUCUUGUUCUCACGUGUAAAUUUAUUUGAAUGUCUUAAACAAAUGUUCUAGUUAAUUUAAAAGAAAUAAGCAUACUACUUGACACAAGAUUAUGACUCCAAAGUUGAGUAAUCCCGUACAAAAUUAUUACAAUUUUUCAUAUUUCGAAGAGUAUUGAAUUUUAGUAAUUGUCAUUAUCCUUAUUAUCUUUUUCGUUUGAAACAAUAAUUUAGGAUCUAAAGCGAAUGAAAGAACUGCAAAGCAGUCGUAGAUCAUAGACACAGUGCAACUGGAAUGCAAUAUGUCUGUGUAGACUUGUAGUUCAUAAUAUUAAAUGUAAUUACUUUUAUAUAGAUAAUAGGAAUAGUGUGAGUUACAGCCUGUUUCAUCACCUUUAUAUAAGUUCAGAUAGUUCAUACAAAUUAUGUUCUAUAUUCACUCUGGUACAUAGCACCAGGUGAAACAGGCCCCUAAUCUAGUUAGGUAAGUCCUAAGUAUUUGCUCUUAAAGAGGAAAUAACUAUUGUUUAAGAACAUUUGUGCUAUAUAAAUUCUUAAUUAUUAUGAUAAGAAUAAAUGAGUCAUGCUCUCUUUGACCAACCACUCUUAAAUUUUAAGGGACCCCUAAGCGAAUCACUUGAGAUCUUGUACCGAAAAUCCCUGAAAUUUGUUCAUACAAAAGUAGUCUCUAAACAUCAGAAAUAAGGUCUUAUGCAGUGAGUUGAGAGCGGUCUCCAGUAACCGCUUGUGAAUUGAAGAUAGGUGACACUUAACGACAUUUUGGUUUUUCACCAACCUAUGAGUAAAACCUAAAGCUAAAAUUAAGGGAUUAAUUUAGGUGGUUCCUCACUCUUAAGUUGCUAAGUAAGUCUUAGUCAAGAGAUGGUAAUGGAGUGGUUUUCUACUGGUGUGACUGUUUAAAAAUAAAUAAAUCGUUUAGGUGUGUGCUAACUCCACUAGUGUUCCUAAAGGACAUUAUUACUAUGUACUCGAAUUCCCAAUAUGUGUUUGACAUUCAGUUUAAAAUUUUCUACUUCUCUAUUUUAUAAGUCAACUUUCUUGUAUUAUUGCUGGACAAUAGUCAAAUUGCAUUAUAUCAGUAUUCCAGUAUCUAAAGCGCAUCUAAAAACGCAUAUGUUCUAAGAACGAAAAAGUAAAUCUAGUCAAAAUUUUAAUUCGUAUAUUAAAAUGGUCUAAAAACUAAUAUUUUAGUCUUUAUUUAAUUUUUUUGUAAUGUAAAACUUAUCAUCACAACAUAAGUCUUAUUUUGCUACAGCUAGUCUCUACUAUACUAUACUAUACUCUACAUACGUAGCUAUAAUACCAGACAUAUAAAUGUGAUGGAAACUAUACAAGUACGUGUUAGUCAUAGUAGGUAGUUACACUCUGUAGUUUCUUUUAUAUAUAAUUGAUUCGUUUUCAGUAGUGAAAAGUGGGUGUUACAUUGUACAUU